AUACAGUGUCGUUAGAACGACGUCAGCGUUGAGUCAGUCGCUGAUGCAGAUGUCAACUAUUUGCACUAUAGCUGAUUUGAUAUUCACAGCGAAAUUACUCACAAUUUAGACACAUACCUAGCUAUCUAGGUAGUGCGCCACACAUUCCCUUUUCCUAUCUAUGGAGUUUUUGCAGUUUCUAUCAUGGGCGUGCAUCGUAUUUACAGUCGGGAUGUUCUCGACUGGACUGACGGACCUGAAGAAGAUGAGAGCUUCCAAAAGUGCAGAUAACGUCCAGUUCCUCCCCUUCCUCACCACAUGCCUCAAUAACCUGGGCUGGCUGUAUUAUGGGAUACUGAAGACGGAUGGGACUCUGGUCCUGGUUAACACCAUAGGAGCCUGUCUACAGUCCCUCUACAUCCUCUCCUACUGCCACUACACCAAUGACAAGAGGCGAGUGACCUCUCAGACGUUACUAGCAGGAGGAGUGGUCUGUGGAGGCUGGCUGUACUUCAGUGUUGUCCUGCCUCAGGGAGAGUCUCAGCUGGCCCAGCUAGGUCUCACCUGCAGCCUGUUCACUAUCAGCAUGUACCUGAGUCCACUCGCUGACCUGAUGGAGAUAGUGCGUACUGGUAGUGUGGAGCGUUUGUCCUUCUCUUUGACUGUAGCUACCUUCCUCACCUCAACAUCCUGGACGCUCUAUGGACUACAGCUGCAAGACUACUAUAUCAUGGUUCCAAACACGCCAGGCAUUGUGACCAGUCUCAUCCGGUUCUUCCUGUUCUGGAGAUUUGAAUCUGUCAAUCAAGGCGUGCCAUCCUAUAAGCUCAUCGAAAUUUAAGUGGCUGGAGACUCACACCAGGGGCGGCAGGGUAGCUUAGUGGUUAGAGCAGUGGACUUGCAACCGGAAGGUUGCAAGUUCAAACCCCCUAGCUGACAAGGUACAAAUCUGUCGUUCUGCCCCUGAACAGGCAGUUAACCCACUGUUCCUAGGCCGUCAUUGAAAAUAAGAAUUUGUUCUUAACUGACUUGCCUAGUUAAAUAAAGGUUAAAAAAAAAACACCAAUGGUUACAAGGGAGAGAGAUAACAGGCUUCUUGACCCUAUCAUGGUCAGGCUGUCAAUCACUGAUAUUGUUACUCAUAUUGUAAAUGAUUCAUGAUCACUCCUACCCACCAAGGGUUUAAGAAGACUUUCUCCUCUCAAGACAGAAGCUGUCCCUAAUCACAGAUCUUGGAUCAGAGUACCCUAGCAAUGGGGGAUGAAAAAUUAUGAAUAAAUAUCUGACCCUGUAUCAGUGGUUAGGGGCAUCUUCCUCAUCGUUCUCCCUCCACCACUUCCUUUUUGUGCCUUCUGUCCUAGUCUGGGACAUCAUUACUGAGAACUCAACCAUGGGCGGGACAGUCCUGCCCUGUCAAUCACAGUAGUCUCUGUUAUCCAGUGGAAGGUUUUUUGCUCAGCAUCAAUGCGCUGCUAUUGGUUGAAUCGCUCUAACUAACAGGACAGGAUGAUCCCGCCUCUAGUGGGGUUUGAGACCCCCUCACCUUUAUAGUUGACUUGUCUGUCCUCAUCACUAUGGUACCCUGUGAACUAGGGGUGAACUACUCUGUUCCUGGUAGCUACAGUAUCUGCUGGGUUGUUAUCCUUCUCUUUUAACUAGACUGAUGUGCAUUUGGGAAGUUUUCAGACUCCUUCCACAUUUUGUUACAUUACAGCAUUAUUCUAAAAUGUAUUAAAGUGUUUGAUGAGGAAAAUAAUCUACACACAAUACCCCAUAAUAACAAAGCAAAGAGAGGUUUAAUUGUUUUUAUUUUGUACAUUUAUAAAAUGAAAAUAUCACAUUUACAGACCCUUUACUCAGUACUUUGUUGAAGCACCUUUAGUAGCGAUUACAGCCUCGAGUCUUCUUGGGUAUGACACUACGAGCUUGGCACAUCUGUAUUUGGGGAGUUUCUCCCAAUCUUCUCUGCAGAUCUUCUCAAACUCUGUUAGGUUGGAUGGGAACGUUGCUACACAGCUAUUUUCAGGUCUCUCUGUUAGAUCGGGUUCAAGUCCAGAGACUUGUCCCGAAGCCACUCCUGCCUUGUCUUGGCUGUGUGCUUAGGGUCAUUAUCCUGUAGGAAGGUGAACCUUCGCCUCAGUCUGAGCGCUCUGGUGCAGGUUUUCAUCAAGGAUUUCUCUGUACUUGCUCUGUUCAUCUCCACAAUCCCGACUAGUCUCCCAGUCCCUGCCGCUGAAAAACAUCCCCACAGGCUGAUGCUGCCACCACCGUGCUUCACCGUAGGGAUGGUGCCAGGUUUCAUCCGGAUAUGAUGCUGCCACCACCGUGCUUCACCGUAGGGAUGGUGACAGGUUUCAUCCAGAUAUGAUGCUGCCACCAUCAUGCUUCACCGUAGGGAUGGUGUCAGGUUUCAUCCAGAUAUGAUGCUGCCACCACCAUGCUUCACCGUGGGGAUGGUGCCAGGUUUCAUCCAGAUAUGAUGCUGCCACCACCGUGCUUCACCGUAGGGAUGGUGACAGGUUUCAUCCAGAUAUGAUGCUGCCACCAUCAUGCUUCACCGUAGGGAUGGUGUCAGGUUUCAUCCAGAUAUGAUGCUGCCACCACCAUGCUUCACCGUGGGGAUGGUGCCAGGUUUCAUCCAGAUAUGAUGCUGCCACCACCAUGCUUCACCGUAGGGAUGGUGCCAGGUUUCAUCCAGAUAUGAUGCUGCCACCACCGUGCUUCACCGUAGGGAUGGUGCCAGGUUUCAUCCAGAUAUGAUGCUGCCACCACCGUUCUUCACCGUAGGGAUGGUGCCAGGUUUCAUCCAGAUAUGAUGCUGCCACCAUCAUGCUUCACUGUAGGGAUGGUGCCAGGUUUCAUCCAGAUAUGAUGCUUGGCAUUCAGGCCAAAGAGUUCAAUCUUGGUUUCAUCAGACCAGAGAAUGUUUUUUCUCAUGGUCUGAGAGUCAUUUAGGUGCCUUUUGGCAAACUCCAAGCAGGCUGUCAUGAGCCUUCUACUGAGGAGUGGCUUCCAUCUAGCCACUCUACCUAAAGGCCUGAUUGGUGGAAUUCUGCAAAAAAAGGUUGUUCUUCUGGAAGGUUCUCCCAUCUCCACAGAGGAGCUCUGUCAGUGUACUUGGUUACCUUCCAGACCAAGGCCCUUCUCCCCUGAUUGCUCAGUUUGGCCUAUCGGCCAGCCCUAGGAAUAGUCUUGGUGGUUCCAAACUUCUUCCCUUUAAGAACGAUGGAGGCCACUGUGUUCUUGGACCUUCAAUACUGCAGAAAUUGUCUGGUACCUUUCCCCAGAUCUGUUUCUCUACACAAUCCUGUCUCUGAGCUCUAUGGACAAUUCCUUCGACCUCAUGUCUUGGUUUUUGCUCUGACAUGCACUGUCAACUGUGGGACCUUUAUAUAGACAGGUGCGUGCCUUUCCAAAUUAUGUCCAAUCAAUUUAAUUUACCGCAGAUGGACUCCAAGUUGUAGAAACAUCUCAAGGAUGAAAACAGGAUCAAUGGAAACAGGAUGCACCUGAGCUCAAUUUCGAGUCUCAUCGCAAAGGGUCUGAAUACUUAUGUAAAUAAAGGUAUUUCUGUUUUUUAUAGAUUUGCAAAAAUGUAUCUAAACCUGUUUUCUCUCUGUCAUUAUGGGCUUUUGUUUAAGCUUGUUGAGGAUUAUUAUUUAUUUCUAAAAUCCAUUUUAGAAAGAGGCUGAAUAAUACUUUCUGAAAGCACUGAAUACCUGGAUAACCAGACGUCUAAGGUCACCUGGAUAACCAGACGUCUAAGGUCACCUGGAUAACCAGACGUCUAAGGUCACCUGGAUAACCAGACGUCUAAGGUCACCUGGAUAACCAGACGUCUAAGGUCACCUGGAUAACCAGACGUCUAAGGUCACCUGGAUAACCAGACGUCUAAGGUCACCUGGAUAACCAGACGUCUAAGGUCACCUGGAUAACCAGACGUCUAAGGUCUAGACUCGCUAGUUAAUCAGUUAUAUGAAUGGAUCAGUUAAGUACCACGGAGAGAUGAAGAGGCAGGAAGGACUGUGUGCUCCUAGUAGUACUAGUUGUAGCUGGGGUGUAGAGCCCUCAGUUGUCCAUCCCUACUAGGGUUGCCAAACUCCAGGAACUUGUUUUUCCAGACAUCCUGGUUGGAGGAUUCACAGAAUCUGAAGAGAAUAAGAAGGAAAUCUGGAGCCCUCCAACCAGGAUUUCUGGAAAACCAGGGAAUUUAUUGAAAGUUCCUAGAGUUUUGCAACCCUUUCCCUACUCUAAGCAGACAUGGCAUGUACUCUACAUCAUCGGUACUUGGUCUCUAAAUCCAUGAACUGAGGGAAGACUAAGAAUUCCAUUCUUAUUGUGUUUCAUACACCGUUUAUAUUUGUUGUAUUUGGGUCGUAUGUCUUCAUGUGCAUAAUGUGUUUAUUUGUUGUAUUUGGGUCAUAUGUCUUCAUGUGCACAAUGUGUUUAUUUGGGUCGUAUGUCUUCAUGUGCACAAUGUGUUUAUUUGUUGUAUUUGGGUCGUAUGUCUUCAUGUUCACUAUGUGUUUAUUUGGGUCGUAUGUCUUCAUGUGCACAAUGUGUUUAUUUGUUGUAUUUGGGUCGUAUGUCUUCAUGUUCACAAUGUGUUUAUUUGGGUCGUAUGUCUUCAUGUGUACAAUGUGUUUAUUUGGGUCGUAUGUCUUCAUGUGUACAAUGUGUUUAUUUGGGUCGUAUGUCUUCAUGUGCACAAUGUGUUUAUUUGGGUCGUAUGUCUUCAUGUGUACAAUGUGUUUAUUUGGGUCGUAUGUCUUCAUGUGCACAAUGUGUUUAUUUGUUGUAUUUGGGUCGUAUGUCUUCAUGUGCACAAUGUGUUUAUUUGGGUCGUAUGUCUUCAUGUGCAUAAUGUGUUUAUUUGGGUCGUAUGUCUUCAUGUGCAUAAUGUGUUUAUUUGGGUCGUAUGUCUUCAUGUGCACAAUGUGUUUAUUUGGGUCGUAUGUCUUCAUGUGCAUAAUGUGUUUAUUUGGGUCGUAUGUCUUCAUGUGCAUAAUGUGUUUAUUUGGGUCGUAUGUCUUCAUGUGCAUAAUGUGUUUAUUUGGGUCGUAUGUCUUCAUGUGCAUAAUGUGUUUAUUUGGGUCGUAUUUCUUCAUGUGCAUAAUGUGUUUAUUUGGGUCGUAUGUCUUCAUGUGCACAAUGUGUUUAUUUGGGUCGUAUGUCUUCAUGUGCACAAUGUGUUUAUUUGGGUCGUAUGUCUUCAUGUGCACAAUGUGUUUAUUUGUUGUAUUUGGGUCGUAUGUCUUCAUGUGCAUAAUGUGUUUAUUUGGGUCGUAUGUCUUCAUGUGCAUAAUGUGUUUAUUUGUUGUAUUUGGGUCGUAUGUCUUCAUGUUCACAAUGUGUUUAUUUGUUGUAUUUGGGUCGUAUGUCUUCAUGUGCAUAAUGUGUUUAUUUGGGUCGUAUGUCUUCAUGUGCAUAAUGUGUUUAUUUGUUGUAUUUGGGUCGUAUGUCUUCAUGUGCAUAAUGUGUUUAUUUGGGUCGUAUGUCUUCAUGUGCAUAAUGUGUUUAUUUGUUGUAUUUGGGUCGUAUGUCUUCAUGUGUACAAUGUGUUUAUUUGGGUCGUAUUUCUUCAUGUGCACAAUGUGUUUAUUUGGGUCGUAUGUCUUCAUGUGCACAAUGUGUUUAUUUGGGUCGUAUGUCUUCAUGUGCAUAAUGUGUUUAUUUGUUGUAUUUGGGUCGUAUGUCUUCAUGUGUACAAUGUGUUUAUUUGGGUCGUAUUUCUUCAUGUGCACAAUGUGUUUAUUUGGGUCGUAUGUCUUCAUGUGUACAAUGUGUUUAUUUGGGUCGUAUGUCUUCAUGUGUACAAUGUGUUUAUUUGGGUCGUAUGUCUUCAUGUGCACAAUGUGUUUAUUUGGGUCGUAUGUCUUCAUGUGCACAAUGUGUUUAUUUGUUUUUAUUGGUUUACGUUUGUCCAAACUAAAUAUACUGUAAGUCUAUUGUCUGUGCUCUUGUUGUUGAUGCAUUGGAUUGUGUAUAGGGUAUUCUACAUAUGCUAUUUUAAUAGGAUAUUAUCACUCUGGAAAUAAGGGAGUUGGGGCUUUGCUGCUUCUUCAGACUGAAUACAUGUUUUAUACUGUU